CCUACUCCUCCACAGCGGGCUGCCCCUAUCCUUAUAUCUGCGGAGUGCACCGCAACAACAUCGAUCUUCGACUUUUCUAGUGUCUUACAUGCCGCUAGCACCAUCGCGCGGCGCGCGUAUGCAGCAUCCGGGGUGCGCGGGAGCGCAGGAGCAGCACUGAAUAACCCUAUAAAUACAUAAGUAACAACGCCACAACCGCUUUUGCACGCCACGCCCGCGGGCCUGCAAAAAACCACAGGGCAGCGAGAUGGCCACCGCGGAACUAAAAACAUUACAUGAUGAACUAAACAUGCUGCUGAAAACAGUACCGGGCAAGGCCGUCUCCGCGAGCAAGGUUCAAGCAGUAGCAAAAGCCUGCUUCCACGCCAGAGGAGAAUACAAGCGAGCUGUCUACGCCGUCGAGCAGUUCAUCAAGAAGGCGCCGGCCCACUGCCGCCUGGCGGGCGUCUACGCGAUCGACGCGGUCUGUCGGAGGAGCAAGGCGCAGCUCAAGGACAAGGAUCCGUUCGUCGCGCGCUUUGGGAAGGAGAUCGGUGGUACGUUACAGUGCCUCGAUGCGUCAUCUUUGGAAGACAGGCAACGGCUCGUCAAAGUGGUCUGCGAGUGGACGAAGCAGAAGCUCUUUGACGUGGAUUUCAAUUCUCUCGCAGUGAUCAAGCGGACGCGCGACGACAGCCGGGCAGCGCUGGAGCGCGCCGAGCAGAAGGCAUCCCCUAGAGCGCGGUCGCCCUCGCCGGAGCCCCAGCCGCACCAAAAAGUGUCGCGCUUUUCGUCGCAGCCGCCGCCGCAACCGCCGCAGCAGUUCGGGGGGCCCUACGCCGGGCAAGGCCCGCCGCGGGGCUUCUCACCCCAGGGCAUGCCGCCCCAGGGCUUUUCGAACGGACCGCCCCAGGGCUUCCCUCCCCAACAAUUCCCGCCCCGCGGCAUGCCUGGUCAGUGACUCAGUGUAGAAAUUGUGACGUGGUCGCGUCGAUGGCGUCAACGUCGUUCCACGCAGGCGGCAUGCCGCCGCGGGGCUUCCCGCCCCAGCAGUUCCCGCCGCCGCAGUGGCAGCCGGGCGGCCCGCCGCAGAUGCUCCAGCCCAUCCCGGCGGCGCCGGCCGGCGGCUUCGCCCCCACUCAAAAUGGUAUGCAGCCGGGCGACUGGCGCUGCCCGCAGUGCGGCAACGUCAACUUCUCGCGGCGCGAUGUCUGCCACCGCUGCAACGCGCCGAAGCCCCCUCAACAAGCAGCACCACCACCGCCCGUCGUCGAGAAGGAGCCGCUGGUGGACAAGUUCGAGGACGACGACGAGGCCUUCGACGCGGGCAUCGCCGGUGUAAUAAAACGCCCGCCGAACGCCAACGGGCAAAGGAGAACAAAAAUGUGCAUGGCGAUCCAAGAAGGACGAGCGUGCCGCUUCGGCCAGGCGUGCACGUAUGCCCACUCGACGGCGGAGCUCGAGCUCGGGUCGCGCAUGGCGCCGGCGGACCCGAACGCGCGGCGGGAAGACGGCUCCCUCAAAUGGCAGCCGCACCUGCGCAAGACGAAGCUGUGCCGCUUCUUCAUGGAGCGCGGCGGCGACUGCCCCUACGGCGCGCGCUGCAACUUCGCGCACGGCGAGGACCAAUUGGAAAGCGCGCGGCAGCCGUCGCAGGACUUCCUGCAGCGCCAGGGGUUGGACAUCUCCUUCGAGAGCCGCGGCGGCUUCGAAAGUAGGAUAGAUAGGUCGCGGAGCGAUGCCCAAGAGGUGCUUGGGGUCGAGGAGGCGCCGGCGCCGCCGCCCGCACCGCCGCCGCCGCCUCCCGACGAGGACGACGCGUGGAGCGACGGCUCGCUCGAGGCGGCGGACGACUUCGUGGCGAAGAAGCCGCGGCUGGGAUAGUGAUUUUCAUGGUUACUUGAUUCCUGGGGAUGCGUUGCCGAGCUUCCGCGUCGACGGCGUACCGGGCGAUAUAUUGUUACGGUGUACCGGGCGCGUAAGAUACCUAUCCGCUUG